UUCCCGCGAAACAGUAUUGUGUGUGUGUAAGAGAUCAACGAAUAGGCCGAAAUGGAAAGGGAAAUGUUUAACAGGCUUGCGUCGAAAAUGGCCAUCACAUCUUCUAAAAUACUAUGGAGUUGACGUGGUUUUGAUGUUGUCUUGGACAUUGCAGUCAAGCAGAGGAAUAUAUGCGGCUAUCUCAGGUGAAAUGCACGGGCCUAGGCAACAGCACGGCCACUAGCAAAGCAGUCAUAUGUCUAGAACUAGCAGCAACAUCUUUGAAGUUUCCCUUAGACAAGGAAUAUGCAAUCAAAUUAUCUGGGCUAAAUAAGAAGUUGUAUCAAAGCAACCUCCGAUCUAUGGAGUGCAUGCUUGGACUCAACACAAAUCUCGGACUACGAGACCUGGCUGUCCAGUACGGGUGCAUGGAUGCAGUGAAAGUUGCUGGUCAGAUACUUCAGCGAUAUGAGGAGAGUCUGCCUGCUGCUCAACAACAAGAUCUAGAUCUCGCAAAACCCCUUUUCACAACAGCGGCCUUGUUCACAGCAUGCAAGUGCAUGAAAAUCAAAGUUGACAGAAAGCUGGCAACUUCAUCUGGAGUUAAGAAGGGCAUCUUUGACCGACUUUGUUCUCAGCUGCAAACCAUAGGACAACAAGUCUAUAGUAAAGCAUCUCAUUUGAAGGAGCCAGUGAAAAAGGGGCAGAAAAGACAGAAGAGUCCAGCAGAGGGCUUUGGGCAGAUGGAAGAAGCAGAGGAGGUCUUGCCAACAUCCCCAAAGCAACGGAGAGAGGAGGAGUCAGAGGAGAGUGUGAAAGAGGAUUACGAAGAAUGGAAAAAGAAAAUCUUAGAAAAUGCGCUCAAGUCAAAGAAAGCAGAUGCUUUAGAAACAAGCUCUAAUUGAUCAUCUCCUAUGUUUUGUGUGUAUAUAUAUAUAUAUAUAUAU